AUUCGAAGGGAUCCCAAGGGUCGGUUAGCCUAACCCAUGCAAGGAAAUUAAAAUAUGCCAAGAGAACUAAUCUGUAAUGCAUGCAGGUUGUGACAAGGGAAGCACAAAGUUCAGUUCCAGCUCUUGAAGUUGUCUAUUUGCAACUCGUGACUCGGUUGACCCUCUUUCACGGAAAGUGUGGAUGAUGCGAGUGGUGGAGCCCAGUGAGCUAGUCCUUGCCCCACACCACCACGGAAGCCCACUGCUACCAAUAAUUGCUUACGAACUUAUUAGACUUCUAACCUUUCCUACAAGGAGCUCAAGGUAGCUUAUAUCGUUCACAACCAGUGCUUUUUUUUUCUUUAAAAAAUGUUUAGGGGUACGUACUCUCAUGUUUAGGGACACGGGUGGCGCUGUGGUCUAAACCACUGAGCAUCUUGGGCUUGCCGAUCGGAAGGUCAGCGGUUCGAAUCCCCGUGACGGGGUGAGCUCCCGUUGCUCGGUCCCUGCUCCUGCCAACCUUGCAGUUCGAAAGCACAUCAAGUGCAAGUAGAUAAAUAGGUACUGCUCUGGCGGGAAGGUAAGCGGUGUUUCCGUGCACUGCUCUGGUUUGCCAGAAGCGGCUUAGUCAUGCAGGCCACAUGACCCAGAAAAACUCUGCGGACAAACGCCGGCUCCCUCAGCCAGUAAAGCGAGGUGAGUGCCGGAAUCCCAGAGUCGUUCGCGACUGGACUUAACUGUCAGGGGUCCUUUACAUUUUUACUCUCAUUUUCCUACCCAUAUGAAAUACUGUCCCUCAAUGAGGCCAAACUUAGAUUAACAUAAUGUUUAGGGGUAUGCGUACCCCUGCGUCCUGUCUCCCCCCCCCCCCCCGAAAAAAGCACCGCUCACAUCAACCUUGCGUGGUAGGUUAUACUCUGAGUGUGUUCCCAGGUUGCAGCUGGAAUGAAUGCCAGGAGGAGGAGGAGGAGGAGGAGGAAGACAAUGGGCAGAUGCACUAGCUGUCAUCCUGCAUCUGCAAGCAGAUGGACCUGAGCAGCCCCCAGGAGAUGUUCAGCAAGCUCUCCACAAUGAUCUCCCCUUCUUCCUAGAGGGCACAGGAGAGAAGGCUGGUGACCGGUGGAUGGUCUAGAAGCUGGCCUACUCCAAGGAUGCUGCAGAUAAUAUCCCCCAAGCCCUACAAGCUGCACACAAGGAUGCUGAUUUUACUUCCAGAGCUGGUGGACCAUUGCUCUAAUGGAGAAAUUAACAAAAGAUGCCCAAAUCCUACACUAUCCAACAAGGAACAACAACUUUUCAAAUGUUUUGCAUCCAUUUACUGAAUACAUUAAGGUAAAAGGACCAUGAUUCGCAACCACCCACCUCUCAUGGACUGCUAUGCAGAAACAUUCUUGAAUAGUAAUGUAUUUGUGAAGGACAAUUGUUAGGAAUUAUAAUGCUGUUUUUUGAAUACUAGCACUCUCUCCUCUCUUCUCACUGCCUUGCUUUCUUUUCUUUAACUCACUUGCUUUGUCUAUUGCUUUUUGUGUAUUAUAAAGUAAAAAUAAAAACAAUCACCCCGCCAAAAUUAGAUUUGGAAUCAGGGGUCACCAGCUGGUCUCAUCCAGGGGUAUGACACCUGAUGGUUCUAUUCCCAGCUCAGCUGGAUAAAUGCUUGCACAGUCACAAUUGCUUGCAAAAGGGUGUUUUGUCAAGGCAUGAAAAAGGAGGGGACGACAACAAUGCACCAAUUUAACCUCGAAAUGUUAAUACAACAUUUAAAGGGCAUAUCCCCUUUAAUUUUAUGCCAAGAACUAGCAGAGCAUGGUGAUGGCAGGGGAAAUCACACCUGCUGAAAACACUCAAAUUGCCAAUGAUCGAGAUGGCAACAGAGAUAGUUGGGAGACAAGCUCUUCAUUGUACUUACAGAAAAUCUUUUUUAAGAAUUGCUUGAUUCUUUAGGGAGGAAGUUGGCAUAGGGGAGAGGGGUUUUUUUUGGCAUGACUUCUACAAGGCAACAGGAUAAGACUUACAACUUUGUAAAAGUUUACAACCAUGCCAUAAAGUGUUUUUAGAACACCUUCCCUUGGUCUUUGGCUGAUUGAUAUCCAAUGCCCUUUUAAAUGUGUGUUUGUUUUUGUUCAUAUUUUUAUUACGUGUUUUGUGUUUUUUACAUUGUGAUUUUAUGUUGUGAACUGCCCUGAGAUUUACAGGUAUCCAAGAUCGUAUACAAAUUUCUGGUUUGCAGCCUGUGUUUCCAGUUAGGGCUUAUCCACACUUAUCUUUUGAUCCACUCUUUCCAGGCACAUCUCCACACUUUAAAGCUCCAUGUCCAAGUGUUUUUCUUUCUUCCUUUUCUUUUUCUUUCCCCCCAGAUCUUUCCCCAUGAAAAGCUGCUCUUUUAACACUCAAUCAGAGCAAACAUUGAUUCGGGUUUUCUGCAGAUUGCCAUUUCCUCCAAAUCAGCUUUAAAGAGUGAGUUUUUGUGGGGAAAGAUCCAGGGCAAAAGAAGAAAAAAGGACACUCAGACACAGAGGUUUAACGUAUGGACUGUGCCUGGAAAGAGCAGGGGAAAAGUUAAUGUGGAUAAGCCUUUAAACUCUGCAGGAAAACUAGACUGAGAGAAAACAACCAAAGGAGAUUCAACUCUGCUCAUUAAAUUGUAAAACUGGGACCUGGAGCUUUAAGUCCAUGGGGAUCUCCCAUCUCACAGAGCACGAAUCACCACAAAGGAAUAGGCAGACAAGACGUUCACCCAUUUAUCUGUUAGAAAAGGCUCCCCUUUAUCACAUACACAGCCCAACAAUACAGCAUACAAAUCAACAUGGCUAACCUGAUUCAAAAACACACACACACCCCACUCACACACGAAAACAAAGUUCACCAAUCACAAACAAGCAACCGGUGACCGCACCCUAGGCCAACCCCAAUUUCUCUCACCACCAAAGGAACACAAGCGAAUAGCAAAGAGAAUCUGCACAAACGAUGCUGACACAAAACCCCACACAUACAUUAAGCAAAAUAGAAACAUCGCCUCCUGACCUCACCCCCACUCGCCUUUCCCCCCUCCACCUCUUCCCCUCUUUUCUUCCUAAUGUAACCCUAAUGUCUCAACAAAUGAAACUGACCUAUGGAAAAUGUAACUUGAAAAAAGAGACAUUGCUUAUACCUUUGUAAACCAAGAAAACUUUAAUAAAAAUAUAAUUUAAAAAAGAAAAGAAAAGGAGAACAAUAAAAACAUCCACUCUAUACACAAACACCUUAUACUGAACUGUGGAACAUUUAUGGAAGAAGCCUGAAACACUAAUUUAAAAAGAGAAAUUCUUAAAGAAGAGGAGGUAAACUUGUCAACUGAAGUUGUUCAAGCUGAAAGCUCAGAAUGGUUAACUCAGGGGGACUGGAGUAGAUUUGAUUUGUCCCCUGAAGAGGAUUGGAUUCAGGUAUCUCUCAUGCUGAAAUUCUAGAAGAAACAGCCACUGAGAAGAACCAGAAUACAUGGAUUGACUAAAGGAUCAAGAGGAAGAUGAAAUUCAUAGCAUCAUAGAAAGGAUGUGUGCAAAUGAUUCAUCAGAAGAACACCACCUGGGCAUUCACAUACCAUGCAAAUGUUUCCCGAAGGUGUCCACGGAGUCAUAGUGUGGUGCUUUGUCCCUCCCUUUGACAAGUAUUUGCACAGAUAAUAUUUUGCUUUGGAAGAGUGGAGCAGGACACUUCUCAGGCACCGCUCAGAAGCAACUGGCACUCCUCAGUGGCAGAGCCUUCUAGCAAAGCAUGCUGUUCCUCCGUUUCCAGCUGUUGAUUUUCCUCCUUAACCUGAAUUUAUCCAGAUGUGAGGAUAAGAGGAAUUCGAUCAUCUCCGCACUGGAGAAAGCAACUUUGUUCCUGGAAGAGCAAUAUAAUGAACUCAACAUAGAUGGAGUGUUUGGAUAUCGUCUGUUGCAAGGUACAGUUCCAGCUACUUUGGAGACAUAUAGCACAACCCUUAGGCAUGAUUACUCAGGAAUAAUGGCUUAUCCACACUCACCUUUCCUCCCCUCUUUCGAGGCAUGGUCCGUGUGCUUUUGGUUUUUUAGCUCCGGAGCUUUCCCCAUGAAAACUCUCUCUUUGAAGCUGAACUGAAGCAAUCCCUAGAAAACCUAAAAUGACAUUUGCUCUGACUGAGCAGGUUUUUGUAGGGAAAGCUCAGGGCCUACAAAAUGUGGGCCUUUGUCUGCGAAGAGUAAGGCAAAAGGCAAGUGUGGCUGAGCCCUAAGUCCCAUUAUGUUCAAUGGGGCUCCCUCCCUAGCUAAGUGUGUUUUAGACUAAUUCUUCCUGUUACACCACCUUCCUUCCUUCCUUUCUUUCUUUUCUCUCACCUUAAAAAUUGCCAGCUUCACUCGUCAAGUCUGGGUGUGACUUUAUUUCGUACAGUCGUUUUCCAAACGUCUUUCUUGGGUGAGGAGUCCUUCCCAUCCCACUGAGCAUUAAAAACCAAGCAGCUUUUCCUUCAGGUUCUUCUAGACAAAGGCAAAUUUGUCUUUGUUCUAACACUGAAUGGAGGGGCCAGAAAGUAAAGAAAUAAGUGUAAAUUUAUUUAGGGUGGUGGGGAGGGAGAGAGAGAGAACACUAGUGCAGAAAUGUGAAGAACUGAACUGUGGGCUGUGUCCAAUGCUAGUCCUACCCAGAGUAGACCCAUUGAAGUUAACAGGCAUGACUCACUUAGGUUCACCAAUGUCAGUAGGUCUACGCUGAAUAGAACUUAGCUGGAUAUAACGGGGGGGGGGGGAAUUGACCCACCCCAACUCUCCAUCCUUUAGAGGCAGGAUUCAAAAAUAUUCUUUCCCUUCUCUAAAUAUCCAGCGUAUCUGAAUGGAACAUUGGAGAAAUGGGCCUUGGUGUCUGGAUUAGAGUCGGAGCAAGUGCGAGUGCGACGCUUGGAUGCGAAGGUGUCAGCUUUGAUCGAAAAAGCAAAGCGUGCUCUAGAGAAGAACGAGCCGGAUUCUUACAGAGGUAGCAUCAAACCUCACCAUAGUGGAAUGGGAGUAGGGUUGGGCUGCAGCUAGAGAGGACGGUAGGCAGGCAGGAAUCUGUCUUUAGGGCAAAGACGUUCCCCAAAUAUCUGCUAUCCCCAUGUUUCAAGGUGACUUAUCACAGGGGUGGCAAGGCUCAACCCCAGGAGGGAAAUGUCGCCCUCCAGGCCUCUCUUUCUGGCCUCUGGAACUCUCCCCAGGCCACAACCCUCAGUGGCCCUGCUGCACCCAGAAAUGUUUCUGCCUGGCUGGAAUGUGUCCCUGAACUCUGAUCAUCCCUCACGUUGGACUGGUUGGAGUAUCAGGGCCAGCCUGUCCGUGAGGUAGAUCUCAGGCGGCAAAACAGGAUGGGCCGCCCCUGUGGAAGACAGAAAGGGGUGCGCAAGUGUGUGCAGAAAUUAGCCUACUGAACAAUGGUAAAAUUUGCAUGUAUUGCCCUACCUACUUUUGCUUCUGGCCCCACCCACCGCUGGCAUAUGGCCCCCAGGAGGUUGCCAAGAAGGGAAUGUGGCCCUUGGGCAGAAAACGAUUCCCCACCCUGUCUCAUUAUUAUUGAUUUUUAUUUGCAAAUUAAAUAAGAAGAAAAGAGAAGAAAGAAGAAAAAGAGAGAAAAUAAAAUAAAAUAUGAUAAAACAAUAGGCUACCAUCAGUUUACAUUGCAGUUACGGUGAUCGUCAGUAUAUUAAUCUUAAAUUAAACAUAUCAUGCCAGCCCUCCCUAAGUUCAAAUAGGUAUCCACACAAAAUUGACAUGUGUAUGAAAUAUGUUUGAAUGUAGUCAGGGCAAUGAGGCCCUCAGGCAGGAUGUACCUUCCGCUUAGCCAUGUAAGGGUUCACAGAUUCACUGUUGUCAUCCAUUCCUACCCCUCUCCUAUUGGGACAUAGGAAGCUCCCCUAUUCCAAGUCAUAACAAUGGUUUCUCUAGCUCAGUAUUAUUGCCUACAAACUAAGUCAUUGCAAAAUAAUAACAAACUAUUAUCUCUUCCCCUCCCCACCCUUUGCAGCAUUUCAUCAAGCUUUAAGCCCAGGGUUUUGGAAGAUUCCCCAUCAGUGGGUUCAGAAUGACCCUCCUGUUUCUUUCUCCCCAACCAAUGGCUCAUGUCUGGACUUGGAUACAAGCGAUUCCUGCAUAUCCAUCCUGCUAGGAUCAGGGUAGGAAUUUUGCUUACCUCUCUGUCAUACCUAGUGUUAACAUUGUGACUCUAGAUCAGGGGUCGGCAAGGUUUACCUCACCUGGGCCGGUUCACUCCCUCGGAGAUCGUUCUGUGGGCCAGAUUGCGCCUGCGCAAACAUGAUUUCUGGAGCAGCAGAAGUGAGUCCCUGCUCCGCGCUGCGCCGGUUUAGUGCAGCAUGGGGGGGGCUUGCCGAGCAGGCGGUUCGGGGGCGGCUUGUGGGCCGUUUAAAUGAUCUCCGUGGGCCACUUGCUCUAGAUUUAUAUAUGUAAAUUAAACUGUAAAUUCUAAAGACGCCACAGUGUCUGUUAACCUUCAUUUUAAGAAAACCAAAUGCUAGGUAAUGGCUGGAACCCCAGGAGUCUCUCGCCACCUAGAGAUUGGGGUGCAUGCAACAGUAUCUUGGUUUAACACCACAAUACUGGUGUGUCUCGUGCAGUCCACGUACCCCCGAAGCAUGGGUUGCCUGUUACACAAAUCUCUCACCUGUCUGGCUCUUGAAAUUGCCUAAUGCCAUGCUUUUCUACAAAAGGGCUGGUGGCACACCUUGCCUUGUUCCAGAUAACUGCAGAAGCAUCAUGAUAAAAACACACUGCUCGGGAUACGGCCUGUCCCAUCAGCUUUUCUACUUCCUGUUUGCAGAGAUGGUAAGGAGUUGGCCAUGUGCUUUGCUAACAGGGCAGAAACAUUAAUGGGGGGCGGGCAGGGGUAGGAAAUGGGAAUGAGCCUAGCAUUAUGUUCAGAAUAUCACCUUUCAUCCAGAAUCAAGAACCUUGGACGAAAAGUACCAGGAAUACUACUACUACUACUAGAGUAGUACUACUCUAGUGGUGGUGGUAGAGUAAUUUAUUACCCACCUUUCACUCGCAGGACCCAGGACCAGUGACAAUUUAAUUCAGAAUUAAAAACAGUUAAAACAGGUUAAUGUUUGUGAAUGACUUCUAAGGCACAUUGUACAUAAAUGUGUGUGCUUGAACAGAUUAGUCAAAUAUUCAUAGAAUAAGUUGUACUGUCUGUAUUUGAUGUGGUUUUAACAUUCAGUGUCAAUAUUUGACAGCAUUGAUAGUUGACAUGCAUUGGUUUAGUACUGGGUAGUAUUUAAUGGUUGACAUGUAAUGGUAUUUAGUACUUGAGAGCAGCUGUUAGGUGGAAAGCACUUAUAUUUAGAGCUAACUGCACGUUACAUAAUUGUGUAAAUUGCAGUUGGGUUAUGGGUUAUUGGGUUUAGGUUUGUUUGUUUUUUAAAGAAUGCUUGCUAGGAGCGGGGGUGGUUUCUUGCAGGACCACAAUGCAGCCAAUAUCUUGGUGGAAAUUGCCCUUCCAGUGCUUCAGUUAUCAAUAGAAAAUCUAAAGAACUAUUAUACCACUUUAAACAGUCAUGGCUUCCCCCAAGGAAUCCUGGGGACCAUACUUUGUUACAGGUCCUGAGACUUCUUAAGAGAUCCCCCCAUUCCCAUUCCAGAGUGACAAUUCCCUGGGAAUUGCUAGGGGAAAUGACUGGUUGUUAAAUCACUCUGGGUAUUGUAGCUCUGUGAGGGGAAUAGGGUUUUUUUGCCUACAAAAACAAUCACAAAAUGCCAUCGGGUUGAAAUCUUUUUGAAUCUUUUAAGGUUCAAAAGUCUCAUUCUAGAUUUUCCCACUCAGAUGUGUCCUGGGCGAAACUGGAAAUCUUCAGAGUGUUGAAUAUUUGUGAAUAUUUACACUGGUUCUCUCUAUGUAGUUUAAUGAUGAUAUUGGGAGGAAGAGCAGUGACAGUUUCUCUGAUUAGCUGAAUACUUCCAUUCUUCACCAUCCCUUUCUCGACAAGCAAAACUGUGCUACAAGAUGGUAUAUGAAAAACAGUCUUUCUUCCCCUGCUUCUUGUUCACAUCUAGAAAGGCUGCUCGGAUCCCCUCUUCCACAAUGCGCAAUAUUACAAGAGUGUGUUCUGUCACUUAAUGAUGCAAAUCAAUGUCGAAGCUGAAAAGCAAGCACUCCUAGGGACCGAGGGAGACCUUUUUACGGAAAACAGUAAGUGGCCUUACUGCUGUGUUGUAGUGUCACUGUUCAAGGCACUGUUCUUCACUCAGGGAACCACUUUACAGUGGUACCUUGGUUCUCAAACUUAAUCUGUUCCGGAGGUCCGUUCCAAAACCAAAGCGUUCCAAAAUCAAGGCAUGCUUCCCCAUAGAAAGUAAUGCAAAAUGGAUUAAUCCGUUCCAGACUUUUAAAAACAACCCCUAAAAAGCAAUUUAACAUGAAUUUUACUAUCUAACGAGAUCACUGAUCCAUAAAAUGAAAGCACUAAACAAUGUACUGCAGUCACACAAUCAAUCAGUAGCUGAACUGGGUUCCACACAGUCACAAAAACAAAACAAAAAGAGCCUCAAAAACAAAAACGCAAAAUAAAUAGCAAAAAACAGAUUGACCUCAGUGUAACACUCAAAACUGAAAUAUGGCACUCAAAACGGAGCACGUUCGGCUUCCGAAAAAAGUUCGCAAUCCUAACACUUACUUCCGGGUUUGCAGUGUUUAGGUUCUAAGUUGUUUGAGCACCAAGGCGUUUGAGAACCAAGGUACUGUUAGGAUGCUUGCUCCAUGUUUGCAGUCAUGAGAUUGUUGUCUGUCACAUGACGGUAUAUGUUUUCAUUCCACAGUGUGGGAAGUGAUGGAGACAGGAUGUUUUGUGCUACUGUGUUCCAGAAUGUAGGGCUAUUGUCCUUUCUUUCUUUCUUUCUUUCUUUCUUUCUUUCUUUCUUUCUUUCUUUGUUGUCUGAUGGGAAAGAGGAAGGAGCUAAGUCAGAAUGCUCCAAGUAUACUAUAUGUAAAUAAAGUACAUUAGCCAAAAUGCUGUGCUACUGAAUUCUGUUAUGUGAACUGCAAUACUCUGCAGGAUCCCUAAGCGUGCUAAUGCCUUUUGGCAUCAGUCGCUGUGAUGGUCAGGCUGAAGAAAGCUUUUGAAGCUCGUGAACGAUCGACCAGGAGGGAGAGGACAUGCCAGUCGGGCAUGUGUCUCUGCCAGGGUCCUACACAAAAGUAGGACAAUCCUAACAGGUAUCACUGCAUAAAAAUGGGACCAAAAAACCCUCAGAACAUUUGUGGUAUAAAAAGUUAAAGGAUUUCAACAACAACAACAACAACAACAACAACGCAGGAUAAGCACUGAACGGAAAUGAAGCAGUAUGUCCACCCCAAAACUUUUGUGGGCAUGAAUAAGGUUGGAGGCAGGAUUGUGUUGGGCCAUCCAAAUAGUACCAUGAGCGCAAAGCAUCAUAAUGUACAAUAAGAAGUGCAGGGCCCCAUGAAGACAUGUGAGGCUACCAUCUUUGCUGAAGUUAAGCUGGUCCAAGUCUGCUUGGUGUUUGGGUGAGAGACUGACUGCUGGGUUCCAUGAUGGAUGGAAAGAAGGAAGGAUGGAUGGUAGACAGUAGUUGCCAUUUAAUGUGUUUGCAUUCUGCUUCUCAGUUUUGUUUUGUGGCCUGGCUGGAUUCUCUGAUUUCUAUAAACCACGGUGGCUGGACAUCAUUCUCAACUGGCAAAAAAGGGAAAGAGGAUGUUUCUGGAUGUUCGGUGAGUGAGCACUGCGGUUUGAUUCAUCCAGUGCUAGAGUGCAAAUUACAUAAUUUGUGUUUUUAAAAAAAAUCUAUGGAGAAAAUGAAUGCUCCAACUUGAGUAGAGUUGCUACAAAUCCAAUAGGAUUAGGCAAAUUUCGGGGAAGGGGGUACCAUCAUGGCCGCUCCCCCAGAUGCUCACCAUGCACCCCCCAACCAAACUGGGCACCACACCCCUGUGGAUGGCGAGCCACACCCCCGCCUGCUCUCCGCUCCCGGUGCCGGAGCAUGCAGCUCUGCCACUGGGCGAGUCUAGCUUUGUUCACGCCCUCCGAAAACCUCCCAUUUUUUAACUUACUCUGGUUUAAGUCGCACUGGCUGAGGGACUUACCCUGGUGUAUCUCUGGCUCAACCGGCGUAAGGUACCCAAGCUGGGAAAGUCCAAGAACUGCCAGAUCCAAACUCUCAUCUUGGCAGAUCUUGGGUUUGGAUUGCACUGUUGGUAAAGGAUAAGGCUACGAUCCUAUACCCUCUUACCUUGGAGUAAACCCUAUGGAAGAUAACAAGACUUACUUCGGAGUAGAUGUGUCUAUGAUUACUCUGUAAGUCCCAUCAAGCUGAGUGGGAAAUCCCACUGAGUAACAUGCACAGUUUGCCUUGUAAGUUUGUGAGUGAAUGAGGACCCACAUUCUAAAGCACAUCCUCUGCCUUCAAGCAAAUGACUCUUUCUUUCUCGGUGACCUGUUAGACUCCUCCAGCCCAGUUUCUGAAGACCAUCAUAAGGAAGCACGAAGAGUAAAGAGAACGGAGAAGAUUCUUGAAGGUAAAGAUAAUGGCAAUUGGUGUGGGUGCAUAGAUAAAAAUUGUUUCCCAACCUAUCACACAUUUUAAAAAUAAUGUACAGAGUCACCCACAGAGUAGACCCAUCGGAUCCAUUGAUUUCAAUGGAUAUGCCACAAAGUACGUCUUUGUUCAGAGACCUGCAUUGGCUACCAAUUUGCUACCAGGCAAAGUUCAAGCUGUUCCUAUUAGUAUAUGAAGACCAUAACAACUUGGGAACAGUUUAUCUGUGAGAUUGCCUUACCCUGUAUGUGUCCGCUUAACGGCUUUGAGCUGCAAAACUGGCACCAUUACAAGUGCCACAUAACACUCGUUCCAUGUUUGUAAGAAACCUAUAAAUUACAGAGCCCAUUGUUGAGACUAUAUAGUUUGUGGGAACCUUCCCAGAAUUUGCUAAAAUAGAACUCCAAGCAUCCUUUGGCCUUGGCCAUGCUUCCCGGUGCUGAUGGGAGCUGUAGUUAAGCAACAACAGGAGGGCCAAAAGUUCCCCACCCCCAGUUUAAAUUACGACUGUCUCUUCCCUUUGAUAACCAAAAGUCUCAUUUCCUUGCAGGUGAAUGCGCAUCUCACAACACCGCCGUGGCCGUAGGAGCGAUUGGAGGAUUUCUCCACUACGGGUUCUGAUGCUUUCGUGCUUCUUUCUUCUUAUGCAGCUGAGCUUAACUUUCUGUCUUUAUUAUGCAAUGCAGGACCUGUCGCUCUUCUCUCUAGGUACAUUUUGGGUGCUAGUCAACAUGACUGUGCUCUCAACCAGGGCACUGGAAAAAAUCAUAUUCAUAUUGUGGGGUGCUGUACUGCUCCCUCAUUAGGACGGGAAGGAGACUCACCGUCUUCUUGAACUGUCUCUCCAGCAUGGGGCAGGGGCAGUGAUGUGCUGGCCCAGGAUCUUUGGGAUUGAAGACCUCAUGCAAUUUCUGUAAGAAAUUUGUGUAAGAACACUCACGCUCAGGAAGCAAGGGAGAAACGUGCUAAGAGGGAGGCAUGCUUGGCAAAUCCACACCGUGAUCAACUCCUGCCCGGAAACCAAUGUCACCACUGUGGAAGGAUGUGUGGAUCCAGAAUUGGCCUCCAUAGUCACUUACAGACUCAUUGUUAAAACCGUGUUUUUGGAAGACAAUCUUACUCAGCUGCGAGUGAUCGCCAAAGACGACAAUUUCUGCAGCAGGGUCUCUGUCUCCAUUGUCCUAGAGUCGCCCAAUGAGCACAAAAGGGGAGCUGUUUAGCCAUGGCAUGCUCCAAAGCUAAGCAUUUAGGGACACUGAAAACACACGGUGCUGCAGUUUUAAGGGAAUGAGUGGUGUGCAGGUUCUGUUGUGCACAAUGGAACACAACUUAAGUAAAUUUAUUCAAGCCAAGGACCACAUACCAAUGGUGUGGGUGGGGCCAGAGGCAAAAAGUGAGUGCCACAACAGAUGCGACUCUUAACUUUUGUACAGUAGGCUGCAUUCCAUCCACGUGAAAGUCAGAGGCUUCGGCACAGAGGUUUGUGUUCUAAAUGUCUGGUGCAGAUGUGGCCUCAGACGGACAGCUUCAUCCACACCUAGCCUAGGCAUCACUUACCUUUUAAUCUCUUUUAUCCAAUCUAAUUAGGCUCCUCGCUUGUCUUUCUGGCUCCAUUUGCAUUGUUCCUUCCUUUGGCACCGUGUGCUAUCCUGCUUCUCCCAGUCUUCCAUAUAUUCUGCCUUCUCUAUAGUUUUAACCAAAUAAUUGCCAUUUCCAUCUGAAUGUGCCACCCAUGUACUUACUCUAUCUAUUUUUGCAAUAAACUGCAUUUUCAAGUACCCUAAGAUCUGACUUGUCGUCUUUCCACCUGGAUGCUCAGGUUUCUGCCAUGGUUGAUUACGAUUUUUGGUUCAAGACCCCAACAGGCA